AUGACGACGACAUGGACAUGUAGAGCUCUCCUUCGAAUAGUUAGGAAGGAACCGCACAUAUUGCCCGUUUAUGUGAUAAGGAAAAGAUCUGUCUCGCACGAUACGUUGGCGGGUAUCCCCUGGAUGAGUCACAGCAGAAUUACGAAAACGAUUGAGCGUGUGUCCAAUGAAGGUCCAUACGACCGAAUCACUUGGGAGAGGCUAAGCGAAAGAGCAAACAAGAUAAGUGACACAUUCGACAUGAAGGAAAUGGGAAGAAUACUCUAUGCAUAUUCCAAAGUGAAUUAUCGUGAUUUAAAAAUAAUCUUAAAAUUCAGCGAAAAGAUAAAAAAAGGACAUGUACAUAAGAUGGACAUGCUAGCCUGUGCCCAUAUCUGCCAUUCGUUAAAUGUGUUGAAUUAUUUUGACAGAAAAUUAUUUGAAUUAAUAUUAUCCCAAUUUUUGAAGUUGCCAGUUGUACACAAUUCGAAUUCCUUCGCACUUAUUGUAACUUUGAAUGCCUUUUCUAAACAUUGCAACGAUUACUCAUUUCGUGAAUUAACACUCAAGCUUCUCAUUUUUGUUCUGACCGCUUUUUCGAAAUGUAGGAAGUCCUUCACUCCACAGGGACUGGCUAUGCUGCUUAAUUGCUUCUCCCAAGUGACCAAACCAACUCCCCAUUUUUUGCAAGCUGCAAAUGUGAAGCUGGAUAGGAUUCACAUACAGGGAGAUUUAAAACGGGACGAGAUGGAAUAUCCCUGUGGAGGGCACCGCGGGGGUGUAGUUACACUAAUGCAUCGAAGCGCAGAGGAGGAGAAGCAGGAAGAGGAGGAAAAACACGGAGUAGCAAAGAAUGCUGCUUCCACUCAUGAGGGGAAAAAUCCCGGGAUAGUAAAAACAAGUCAAUGCUUAAGUGCAGCAAAGCAGUUAAAGAGGUACCCCAGGAAGGGGGACGAAAACGAUAUGGAGAGAAACAUGCACAACUAUGCGUAUAACCAAAGUGUGCUGAUCGAAAUGGACAACGAGAUGCUCAUUCGGGAGGGGGUCUUCCCCCGAUGGGAGCGAGAUGAUACCAGUACGAAAUGUAGCAAUGAGAAGGGGGAAAUCAUUCAAGGGAGUCAUAAUAACGUUGUAGGAAUUCCAUCCAGUGGUGGAAGAGCUCCACAGGGUACACCAAACAGACUCGGUGAAGCCACUCGGCAGAGAAGCAAACAGACAGAAGAGCUGAAGAACAUGUUCCUUGCAGUACUCCUGGAGAUAACAAAAGAGGUGCACAAAAUGAACACCCAAUCGCUCUCCCUCAUAAUUAAUGCCUGUUGUAGAAUUUGGUUUGAUGUGCCAAGAGAGUUCUUGAAAAUCAUUUUUGAGGAAACCAUUAAGAAGAUCCAGCUAGCCACGAUUAGACACUUGUCUCUAAUCAUCAAUGGGUUCAUCAAGUUAGGGGUCCCGGAGCCGGCCUACCUUUCCGCCGUUUUAUGCGAAAUCGAGAAGAAGGUGCAUUCGUGCGAUGAGCAGCAGCUCAGUUUUAUCCUGAGUGGCAUGGUUAAGUUGGGCUGGGGGCGAGGUGCUGCUAGUUACGCGGCGGGUGGUGCGAGUUACUGGGCAGGUGCUGCUUCUUCCACUGUGACAAGCGAUGUUGCUCCUAAUGUGGCAGGCGAUAUUUCUCCUAAUCUGGUUGGUGGUUCCGUUCUCAGUAGGGCCCCCCCCAGCGGCGGGCAAACCUCGCCGAGCAAGAACCUGCUGGACAGCCUAACCGCAAAGUUUAUCCUCCUGGCCAGGAGAAUGAACAUAUCCACGCUGUGCAACAUCCUCUACUGCUACACCAAACUUGGCAUCUUCCACCAGGACGUGUAUCAAAUGUUUGAAAUUUAUUUUGUCAAGCAGGUUGAGGAAGCCAAUCUACACCAUCUAGCGCUAGCAGCGUACGUCGUAUCGAAGAGGAAAAUUAAAAACGACACAACAUCUAUAAUAUUGAAGAGAAGCGAGAGUCUCUUGGAAAAAAUGGAGACCCCACUUGACAUGCCCCACACCAAAUGUUUGCUCAUUCUAGUCAACAGCUUUAGUGAGCUGGGUAUUUACUCACGUGUGUUUUAUUCUUAUCUGCGCUUUGUUUUUCGUGGACUGGGGGACGAGGCACAGCAUGGUGGUAGUAUCGGCGAUGGCGGUGAAGCGGGGGAGCCACUUCCAAAAUGGAGCGACAGUCCGACGCACGUGAUAGAUCCCCCACUUAAUAUGAAGCUCAUUAACAGCAAGAGGGUUUACUUAUCGCGUAAGGCAGUCUCCAUGUAUGGUGGCUCUCUUCACAUGUUGGACACGCUGGUGGGCUGA